ACAAUAAUAAAUAAAUUUUAUCAUAAUAAGUAACCAAUGGUUUUCUCGUUAUUAUUUUGCCCCCGAACCGUUACCCAAAACGCCGUGUUUUGAUUUCACUCAACCCAACAGUCACUAACCUCUUUUUAUUAACCAUGGUUAGACUUCCACUAAUAGAAUUAACCAUGGUUAACUCUACUCUCUUCUUUUAUAAUCCUCACCCACUCAGCGAAAACGAGAGAAAUCAGAAAAAUUUACCAGGAAAACGGAGAGAAAAAACUGAAACAGAAACAGAAUGGCGUUGUAUCUGGAUGAAGAAGAGAUAUGGAAAUGUCUAAAACACCCUUCGAAACGAAGGAAGAUUGGAAUUUGUCCAAUCUGCCUCCGUGAACGACUCGCAACUCUCUGCCCUAACUGCGCUAACGUGCGCCCGUGUUCCUGUUACGCUACAACUUCCUCUUCGUCUUCAUCAGCGUCUUCGUCGUUCUCUCGAUUUUCCGUAACCGGUGACAGCGUCGGCGCGAUUGGUAAAGUUCACAAUCUCAUCGACCGUGAGCCUUCGCUCCGACGCUCGCGUUCGAUGGCUAUUCCGUUUCUCCGGUCGCGAUCGAGAUUCUCCGGCGGAAUUAAAGAGUUGGAUCACGAUAACACUAAGGAUUCUCCGGUGAUCAAUGGAAGCAGUUCGGCGAGGUCGUUUUGGUCAAUGUUUAAGACGAGUAAUCGCAACAGAGGAAGCGAAUCGGAGCGAGAUUGGGAGGCGAAGAAGAUAUUGACGGCGGAACGCGACAACGAUGUGAGUCGAACCGCGGUGAUGGCAAGGUCAAGGUCUGUGGCUGUUGCGUCGGUUACUGGAGAUGGAGAAUCGAAACCGCGUUCAAAGGGAAAGGGAUGGUCCUUUCCGAGUCCGAUGAAGGUUUUCCGGCAAUCAAAGGCUUCUAAAGUUGUUCAGGAACGUUCUCCUUUGUAUAGAGGUUAAAUUUUUUUGUAGAUUACCAGUAAUGAAUACAACAGCUUAAUAUUGACCCAAAAAUAUUAAUAUUUUUUCGUUUUUUUUUCUUCCAUUAUAAUGCUGUUGAAUCAUGAUUUUAAUCUCCAUUAUGAUUCUUGUUUUUCAUGUUUUGACUGAAAAAUGUUGAAUUUACUGUACAAAUAUAAACAGUAAAAAAACGGUUAUGGUUAUUUGAGUUGUUAUUUUAAUAUUCCAUUAAGUAAUUAGAGAAAGCACCAACUGUUAAUUAGGGGCCUGAUUAGGCUGUACUGUGCUACUUGGUUUGGUUGUGAAAUGAUAACUGCAUUAUAAUUGGUGCUAAUGAUCAUUUUUUGAUAUGUAUGACCCCACUUAACAUGUGGUUCUAGUCUUAUUAAUCAUAGAAUGAUUACUAUCAAUAUUUCUUUC